AUGUUCCUCGAUGUCCUAGGCGACGAAACACACCCACGAUGCCUCCGAUGUGCCAAAGCCGGCCGAGUGUGCGAAGGCUACACGCAACCAAAGGCGUGGAUGUUUGAGCCUUCAUCCCGUGGACGGUCACUGACCGAAGAAAUCGCCCCUUGGUUCAACAACGGCAACCCAAUCCAUUUCUACAAUGAGCCUGAUCUCAAUCGACCCACCCAGUUCUUCGUGGAAUGCACUGCUCCUCGGAUUUCCUCCUACUUCGCAGAGAUGAUGGACUCCUUCGUCGACGAUAAAGCCUUGGUCCACUACUCCUCUAGCUCGGCAUGGAGCUUUUGGAACCGCUUGGUUGUUCAAGCCAGUCAAACUCAAGCCUGUGUCCGUCAUAGCUUGGCUGCGUUGAGCAGUCUGCAUGAAUGGAUCGAGCUCACGAAACGGACGCCCUGGCAGAACCACACCUUCACUCUCUACUACACCAAGGCUAUCACUGAGAUUAAUCAGAGCCAAAGCGCCUUGCCACUCGAAAUCAUUCUGAUCUCAUGCAUCCUUUUCGCCCACUGUGAUUUCCUGAUGGGCGCAUCCGCUGCAGGACUCACUCAUUUGAAAUCUGGCCAUCGAAUUAUAUCGGAGAACCGAAGAAGACAAGUCACAAUUGCUCCAGAAGUUGCCGAAUUCAUUGAGCCCAUAAUACGCGGCUUCAUGGCCAAGUCGGAAAACUAUGCGCUCCGAGAAGAGACGGGACCCGAGGUCAACUCAACAGAAGGUGCGACCUAUGCCAUACCAGACAUGCCGGAGAUAUUUGAAGAUCUGGCUCAAGCAAACAAGCAUUUACAACAGGCUGUGUAUAUGGUCCUCCUUCUCGAACUUGGCAAGCCACACCAUUCGAGACCCAUGAUCCCAGGAGUCCGCAAGUACGUUGGUGACUGGGCGAGCGCAUUUGGUCGCUGGAAAGCAAGCCUGGAACUCGAUGAACCCCUCUUGAAGGACUGGCAGCUAUUGCUGCUUGCUCACCACCGCAUGGCUCUUCUUAUCUUGAAGACUCUUCCACCAGAUAACGACUGCUGUUACAACCGCGCAGCCGCAGACUUUCGGAUCAUGUUUGCUCAACUGCGCACUUUCCUGCGCAGUGGCUAUACUACGAUGGAAAAGGGAGAGGACAGCAACCUUGUCCUGAAGGUGCACCUGGGUUUCAUCUCGCCAUUGUAUUUUAUCGCUACACUAUGCCGAGUUCGCGACAUCCGCCGGAACGCGCUGCAGGCCUUACAAGACUUGCAGGUCGUCGAAGGCCACUGGAAUAGCUGUGUAGCUUAUGCCGUGGCUAAAAAAGUUGUUGAAAUCGAAGAAGCAUACGGCGAGACUUUAAUGAGGGUACAGCGUAUCAAGGUUGACAGUGUUGAUCGUGUAAAAGACGGAACCCUCGAGAUCAGAUACCACAAAGUGCCAGGAGACGGGACUCACGGCGAUACUGUGACUACAAGGAUAACAGAGCCUUGCUGUCACCAUGAAGCAAACAUGCAAUGGGUAAGGAACCUUUGCGAGCUCCUAUACUUCAACUAA